GAGAAAACUAUACAGUUAUAAAAGCAGAUUCCUCUAGAGUGCACUGUAUGCAUAGUAAUGCGCGUUCAAAGAUAGAGGAGUUUAUAUAGUUGCAUGUAGUGGCUCUGUAGAAAAGUCUGCCUGCGUUAUGUUCCAUAAUAAUAUGAUUCAGUUUCACUAAGCACUGUUACAAAAUAUAAAGUGGAUAAGGAAUAUCUGAAAUGUGCGUUAACGCACAUAAGUGCGCAGUGUAGAAUGUUAGAGUGAAGUUUAAAUAGUAAUAAAUGCGAAGAGGUGAUACCAUAGAAAGGAGACAUGGGUUUCUGAGAGGGAUUUGGAUUGCGCAUGAAGACGUUAGAAAGUGGUAAAAGGGCCAGAAGAUAUAACGCUUACACCCGGCUGUCACGACGCCAUGUUUCUUCUAAACGAUCUGCCGAUGUUGAAAACUUCUUUAUUAAUUCUUUGCUGUCUUGUUAUCGUUUCUGCUGGCCUCGAUGACGGGGACACAGAGAAGACAGAAAAUAUUUGGCAAAAUAAUGAAAAAACUGCUACAUUAGAAAUAACAAUAUCUCAAGAUAUAGAUGGAAUUGAAGCAGACAGUACACCUUCUUUAACAUGUAAACUUAAUGUGCCUGGCCAAGUCUGGUGGACUGCCAAGGGGAACAAUCUUACCACAAUAAAAGAUUUUGAAAAUGCCGGACGAUUUGAUAUUAAGAAAGCAAGUAGAAAUGAUACCGGUGAUUACAAGUGUAUGGCUCGUACUAUUGAAGGAGAACUUCUUGAAAAAGAGAUUCAUAUCAGGGUGAUAGAACCUGGCAGAAUAAUAUCGGAUGAAGAUGUUAGGACUAAAGUAUUAGAAUCAGCUAACUUGACGUGCCAUGUAUUUGGCUAUCCACUCUCUAAUUUUAGUUGGUUUAAAGGAAACGAUUCUAAAACUAAUGAACAUUUGAAAAAUCACUCGACUGUUACACAUGUAAAUGAAACCUAUGUAAUAAUGACGUUAGAUUUUAAAGAUCUAUCUCGCAAAGAUAAUGGUACAUACGUUUGUCAAGCUGAAGAUAACAAGGGCACAAUAAGUGCCUAUAAAAAUCUUUUUGUAAUCGAUGUACCAAAAGUUAGCAUUGAUUUUAUAAAAGCUGUUGGCGCUGGUAGUAUCUUUUUAAAUUGGACGGUAGAUGAUGGUAAUGAACCAAUUAAACAAUAUCUAAUUAGAUAUAUGAAAAAUGGAACAGAUAGAUUUCUAUUUUAUAAAGAACAAAUUGGUGGAGGUAUCUCGAGUUAUGUUUUGAAAGAUUUUGAAAAUGGAACGGCAUAUAAAAUUGGAAUUAGCGCUAAUAAUGCUCUUGGUUCAUCUCAUAUACAAUUUUAUCCACAAUGGGUCACUACAUUAGAAAAAGAUCCAGUGUUUAUACCAAAAGUUUCUGUUAAUGGAGUUACUGAAAAUUCUAUUACUAUAGCAUGGACUGUACCACCACCACAUUUGAAAGAACAUGUACACUUUUACAAUUUAAUGGCAACACAUGGAGAUCAAAAACGACAGGCUGUUUAUCCAGCACAGCAGUUUACUGUUUAUGCAUUUGUAGAUCUUGAUCCAGCUACUAAUUACAUAUUUAAAAUUGCUGCUUGUAGUGAAUAUACAAAACAGUGUGGUAAUUGGAGUACUGAGGUUAAUGGCACAACAUUAGAUGGAGUGGCUAGUCCUCCACAAGAAUUGGUAGUUACGUGUCAAUAUGAUAACAUAAGUAGUUCCAGUUCUAUUUAUAUUACUUGGUUACCACCAAAAAAACCAAAUGGUUUCAUAACUCGAUAUAAUCUAAAUUUAACGGGCAUAGCAAAAUUUAAAAAUGAUAUGGGUCGAUUAGAUAUUGAAAAUUGGAAUUUAUUUAAGAGUAUUUCCAACAAAAACAAUUUUAGAUAUGGUCAAAUACCAUCAAACACAAACUAUACGGUAUAUGUACAUGGUGUGACUAGGUCUCGUUCCCCAGGAAAAGAUUCAAUUGGUAAUUGCACUACUCCAGUUACUAUCCCUGACAGAGACAGUUUAAAUAUGAGAACAUGGAGAAAAAUUGAAAAUCAGGGUAGACAGUUAUUUCAAUUAUAUUUACCUCGUAUUUCUGAGAGAAAUGGCCCGAUAUGUUGUUACAGAAUAUUUUUAGUGAAACUAGCACCACAAACAUCUGUUUCUGAUUUACCACCACCUGAGGAAAUAAAUGUAUACUCCUACAGUUAUGCCCAUAGUUCUCCAACAGGCGGUGCAUAUGCUGCAGAAGCAUUUGACAGUGAUCAAUUAAUAUCUGAAAUCUUCCUCGGCGAUGGAGUAUCUUUUAAUGGCAGUGUUCAAUGUAAUCGAUGUAUUGGCCUUCGAGCUAAAGGACCACCAUCUGUAUUACAUUUUGUUCCUGAAACUGAAUCUCCGACACCAGCAAUUAAUGGAACAACUACAACUGUUUCCAGUACAGUACCAACAACAACUACUAUUAAUCCUAAAACUAAAUUAACUACUAUUGAACAAAAAGUAGAAACAACAACUCCGAAUAUAAUUAUCAAGGAUAAUACAGAAUCUACAAUGCGUAGAAAAAGAGAAGAUUCAUUAAAUUCUAAAACAAUUUUUAAUGACAAAUCUUUAGACUCAUCGUUGCCUUCUAUAAAUGAUGGUUUUUUGGAUGAAAGAUCGAAUUAUACCGGUUUCAUAGAGGUCAUUGUUUUCAGUAGUAGUGAGGAUCGAUUUCUACCUGCUUACAGUGGUUAUUUUAAUCCUCUUUAUGGAGGAGAAGAUCUACGAAGUAUAACAGCUGAUGAAGUAACUAUGCUUGAAAUAAUAUUGCAAAUUUCUAUUGUUUUAAUGUUGAUCGUUAUGGUCCCGCUUAUUGCACUUUGCAUAUUACAUAGAUAUACUAAACGUGCACAGCAAAGGGGAGAAGAAAUUAUAACUUUAAGAAAUAGUUUCAGGCAUCUUUGUCGAAGUCUUCGCGGGAGGCAUCAGCUUGUGGCUGCAAGUCCACCUGAUAUGCCACCAAUUCCAAAAAAUGAAUUGUUGCAAGUAUAUCUUCAGCGUCACAGAGAUUCUGAUUAUGGCUUUCAACAUGAAUUUGAAUUAUUGCCUGAUAGAUUUACAGAUCGUACUACGCGUGCUUCUGAAGCUAGAGAAAAUUUAUAUAAAAAUCGUUAUCCAGAUAUUAAAUGUUAUGAUCAAACUAGAGUACGACUUGCACAAAUAGAUGGUAUUUGCGGAUCAGAUUAUAUUAAUGCAAAUUUCGUUCUUGGUUAUAAAGAACGUAAAAAAUUCAUAUGUGCACAAGGUCCUAUGGAAAAUACAGUGUGCGAUUAUUGGAGAAUGAUUUGGGAACAACAUUUAGAAUUAAUUCUUAUGUUAACUAAUUUGGAGGAAUAUUCUAAAACAAAGUGUGCAAAAUAUUGGCCCGACAAGGGUGAAACGAAAAAUUUUGGGGAUAUAACGGUUGAACACAUUCAGGAGAGAGCAUAUUCUGAUUAUGUUGUACGUGAAUUAAAAAUGACACGUCUUGGAGAACGUGAUGCCCGUACUAUAGUACAAUAUCAUUUCCUUGUGUGGAAAGAUUUUAUGGCACCAGAACAUCCUCAUGCAAUAUUAAGAUUUAUUAAAAGAGUAAAUGAAGCAUAUUCCUUGGAAAAAGGACCAAUAUUGGUACACUGUAGUGCAGGUGUUGGUAGAACAGGAACAUUAGUCGCCUUAGAUUCUUUAUUACAACAAUUAACAGAAGAGGGUCAAGUAUCUAUUUUUAAUACAGUAUGUGAUUUAAGACAUCAACGAAACUUUUUGGUGCAAUCUUUGAAACAGUAUAUCUUUAUUUAUCGUGCACUAAUGGAAAUGGCACAAUACGGUGAUACAGAAAUUCCAGCAUCCCAAUUAAAAGCAACUGUUACACGAUUAAGACAAAGAGAUAAUGGUAAAGAAAAAUGUCGAAUGGAAGAGGAAUAUGAUGUAAAUAGAAGAAAUUUAUUUUUUAAGAUAAAAGAUAUUAUUCUUAUAAUGGUAUUGAUCAAUUUUUAUUUUUUAUCUUUACAGAAAAUUAGUUCUUUAUUAGAAGAUAGAAAAUCUUUCUCUGUUGGAGGAGGUGAAGAAAACAGAGCAAAGAAUAGAAGUGAAUUAGUAAUACCAUACGACAGAAAUCGUGUAAUACUUACACCUGUUCCAGGCAGAGAACAUUCAACAUAUAUAAAUGCUUCAUUUAUUGAAGGUUACGAUAAUUUUGAAUCAUUUGUUAUCACACAAGAUCCAUUGGAAACUACUAUAGCUGAUUUUUGGAGGAUGAUUUCAGAACAAUGUAUAUCUACAAUAGUAAUGUUAUCUGACUUGAAUGAAGGACCACGAAAAUGUCCACGAUAUUGGCCUGAUGAUGAAACUACUUAUGAUCAUAUAAAAGUACGAUACAUUCAAAGCGAAAGCUGUCCUUAUUACACCCGAAGAGAGUUCUGUGUAUGUAAUACAAAGACAGAUGAAAUCGUAGUCGUAACACAAUAUCAGUAUCAUGGAUGGCCCACAGUGGAGGGCGAAGUACCUGAAGUAACACGAGGUCUAAUUGAACUUGUAAAUCAAACAGAAUCAAGUGGCUCGUUAGUAGUACAUUGCAGUUAUGGUUCGGAUAGAAGUUCGAUGUUUGUGGCAUUGAGCAUAUUAGUGCAACAAUUACAAACUGAGAAACGUGUAGAUAUUUUUACAACAACAAAGAAACUCCGUUCUCAGCGGCAUGGCAUGAUCAGUACUUUUGCUCAGUAUGAACUCUUAUAUCGUGCUAUUGUAAAUUAUUCAGAUCUUCACAAUCUUGCUGAUGGAGAAUCAGUCUCAUAAUAUCAACAAGUGUAAGUUGGAAUAAGUUAUAGCACUUCAAUUAUCAUGUUUGUUGACAGGAUACGUAAGUUAUUUGCAAGCUUUUUGCGAACAAGAGUGCUUGAAGGUUUGUAAGUGUUGAGAUUAACAUAUAUUCAACCAACCAAAGAACAUCAGCAGAAAUAUUAAUGAACAAACAUAAUAUAAUAUUGAACAUAAAAUUGUGCAUAAGAUGAUUCAAGUUCCAUAAAUGUGGACAUGAAAAAAUUUUGCAUAUUAUAUUCUCAAUUUAGCUACUAGAGAAAUUUUGCACACACUAUCUUUUAACGAAUGGCCAAUAUUGUAUAUUCCUAAACAAGUAGGAUAAUAUUAAAUGCACAACUGAAACACGGGCUAUCAGUGAUAUUGAUCAAUGGUUGGUUAUUAAUAUAAAACUAUCGUAUAUUCAUGAUCAUCUGUAGCAUUAUGUUCAUAUUAACCACAUUAUCACUAAACUGUUCUAAGGAACUAAAUUUUAUAAAAUGAAAAUAAGGAUCUUGUUGUCAUUUCUCCUUAAGUAAUAUUGCAAAGUGUAAAGUAUUCAUUUAAUGCCAUAAUAAAAAAAUAAUAUGUGAAGGUAUAUAUUUACCACCGAUGAAAAAAUGCAAGAUAUAUAGUAACGAAGUAUUAGAACAGUUUUUUUCUUUUCUUUUCUUAUACUUCUUGUACUUUUUUGUUAUGUUUUAUUGUAAGAUUAGUUAAAAUAUA